GAUUUCUCUUAUUCUCAUCUCUACAGUUUUGAGAGAGAGAGAAAGAGGGAGAGAUGAAGAAUCGCCGAGUUCUUUUCGAGAGGCCGUGGCUACUCACCGUAGUGAUUGGCGGUAUGAUCGGCGCGGCUAUUCUCAUCAACAGCUUCGGCCGAACGUCCAGCAACUCUCUCUUGUGUUCCCUCUCCGGCGCUUAUACGAGACCCGACCACUCCGAUGACUCAGUGGCGCAGACGCAGCUCAUCGCCAUUCUCCAUUACGCAACAUCUAGAGUGGUUCCGCAGCAAUCUCUGGCGGAGAUCAGAGUCUCGUUCGACGUCCUCCAAUCUCUCGCUCCCUGCAACUUCUUGGUCUACGGGCUCGGCCACGAUUCUGUUAUGUGGUCCUCCUUCAACCCAAAAGGCACCACCAUCUUCCUCGAAGAAGAUCCCAAGUGGGUUCAGACUGUACUAAAACAAGCCCCUAACCUGCUAGCCCACACCGUCCGCUAUCGUACGCACCUCGCCGAGGCGGAUCAGCUUCUCGGCUCCUACAAAUCGGAACCCGCUUGCUUGCCCCCUGACGUCCGCCUCCGGGACAACACUGCGUGUAGGUUAGCGCUGACCGGUUUGCCGGAGGAGGUGUACGAUACGGAGUGGGAUUUGAUAAUGAUAGAUGCGCCGAGGGGAUAUUUUCCCGAGGCGCCUGGGAGGAUGGGAGCGAUCUUUACGGCGGCGGUUAUGGCGAGGGCGAGAAAACGCCAGGGCGUAACUCACGUAUUUCUUCACGACGUUAACAGGAGGAUCGAGAAGGUGUAUGCUGAAGAGUUUCUGUGUAAAAAGAAUUUGGUGAAGGCUGAAGGGAGGCUUUGGCACUUUGCGAUUCCGUCGGCGGCCAAUGAUACGAUGACCUCCGCCUUUUGCUAAAGAUGUUUCUGACUAAAUCUGGUACUUUUUAUUUUUCUUUUUCUUUUUUAAUUUAAAAAUUCAUAGAUAGUUUUUUUUUUUUUAAUUUUAAAAGUUUUUUUUUUUUAAUUUUAUAUUGGAGAUGUUAGUUGAUAUAAAGAAUAAAGUUUCGUGAAUUUCUAAUUUUUAUUUUAUAUAAAAGGUGAAUGGCAAUUCUGGGUAA